UCAUGCCUGAACCAGCCAAACCCGCGCCCAAGAAGGGCUCUAAGAAGGCCGUCACCAAGACCGCCGUUAAGGGAGGAAAGAAGCGCAGAAAGUCCAGGAAGGAGAGUUACGCCAUCUACGUGUACAAAGUGCUCAAGCAGGUCCACCCCGACACCGGCAUCUCUUCCAAGGCGAUGGGCAUCAUGAACUCUUUCGUCAACGACAUCUUCGAGCGCAUCGCCGGUGAGUCGUCUCGUCUCGCGCACUACAACAAGCGCUCCACCAUCACGUCGAGAGAGAUCCAGACCGCCGUGCGUCUGCUGCUGCCCGGUGAACUCGCCAAACACGCCGUGUCCGAGGGCACCAAAGCCGUCACCAAGUACACCAGCUCCAAUAUGCUGAAGAGUGGAGUCUGUGUUUAAGUCAAGGUCAAGGGACACCCAAAGCCAACAGACCCAGCUCCAGCCCACCCUGAUGCUCAUCCUUGCACUGCCUGGGACAGCUAAGGCCACCACCAGCAAUACAAAAUUGUAUGAAGUUGAGUUUGUAAGAUCGAGGAAGACUGAUCCAGAGAUGAUCUCCUCCAGACUGAAGCGCUCCAGCUCUGUGUUCACCGCUGCAGUCCUUCAGUUGAAUCUGA